UUGCAGCUAGGAAUUCCAGUGUGCGAAAAACUUCAAGAUGGCCAAGUCCAAGAACCACACAAAUCACAACCAGAACAAGAAGGCCCAUCGCAAUGGCAUUAAGCGCCCCCUGCGCAAACGCCACGAGUCCACUCUGGGUAUGGAUGUGAAAUUCCUGAUCAACCAGCGUUACGCCCGCAAGGGAAACCUUUCCCGCGAGGAAUCCGUGAAGCGAUACAACGAGCGUGUCGCUGCCCAGCAGGGCAAGCCCAAGCCCGUCAAGCUAUAGAUUGCUACCGAUUGUGGAUCAUUAAAGGAUAAAGCAAUUUAACAAA